GUCUAGUUCCAAGUCUUGCUUGCGCGCAAGCCACAUGUGUAUGUUUUCCUUUCUCCCAGCUCGUCGCUUCUACAUCUACAAAAAAUUCCCCUUCAACGAACACUUCUGUUAUAUGUCUUAUUCCCCGUCCCCCUCCAAUAUACGAUAGCCAGUUACUAGCUAACUGCUGUUGGAUUCCGUGGUCGAUGUGUAGUUUAUUCGUGUUGGCGUUGUUUGUUGUUGAGUCACUGGAAUCUCCCGGAAUGGGCCUGCAUUGUCGUGCAUGUAUUUCAUGUACAAAUACUCACGGACUCGCUCUCCGAUUUGCCGAGGUUUAUCCGAAGCUGCAGCGGAUUGCCCCAUCAGGAAUCCAUUCAUUACAGCAUUCAGGAAAUCUUCGCAUGAGGUAAGGAAGCAUAAGACUCUGCAAAUAUUCUACAUCAACCAAGUUGAUACUUCGAGCUCCGUCAAGCCAUGUGUCCCUCCAUUCUUCAGCGUAGAAAAUAGUAGACUCGGAACCCAUAAGAGCUCGGUGGAAGCGUGCAGGCUGAUCAGCUUUUGCGCUAUCACUGGGGGCUGUAGGUCCGACGAUGCACCACUCCCUCAACCGCCCACCCUCGCCUCUCAGUGUUGGAUAGGCUGCGCUUCAGUCGCUAUGGCUGAAGCGGCGCAAGUAGACGAACGACACAGACUGGCAAAACGUUCCCAGGCCCAAGGCUGGCAUGUGUAUUUCGUAACGGGGCAUCGAAGAACGCAAGGAGCUGAUUCACCGGAAAUCCGGUGAAGUUGGGACGAGGCGUACUGUCCCAAGUAAUCGAGAUAGGGUAUGCAACAAGGCAUCCAUGACGCCUGGUGAUGGCAAUGCACUGGACGGCAUGAUCUGUGCAUGUUGCAUGUCCAUUCCUCGAGCGUGGAGGUACCGAUAAGCAGGUGGACCACAGUCGCUAGUAUGUCAGCAAACAGAUGGGGUAGCUGACCGCCACGCAGAGACGGGGAAAUUAGAAGACAG